UUCCGAUGGCAUGUAAUUUUCUCCUGGAUCUUCAAUGUUGUACAAAUGUUGCAUGGUUGUGUGAGUGAGUUUUUAUUAUUAUUUUCCUUCUUUUCUGAUGAAAUUUUCAAAAACGAAAUAAUUAAGCUAAUAUCGGUUUAUAAAGGAACAAUCCAGCAUCAAAUACAUCAGCAAGCAUUAUCAGACUGUAAUUAACCAGAGAAUCAUCAAGGAAGUGAAAUUUUAAUCGCCAAAAGCUCCAAAAUAAGAAAAUUAAAAAAUUAAAAAGUGAAAAAAGUUCAAUAACAAUGGAUACUAUGAUCAAUUUAAUAGUAAAAGUCCAGCAAUUUGAGGAUAAAAGGAUCUUGGCUAAAGCUUCAUGGAAUAUAAAAGAACUAAAAGGCAAACUAAGCGAAAUUUAUCCAACUAGCACUGAGGAGCAAAAAUUAAUUUAUUCUGGAAAACUUUUAAACGACACUGUCGUGUUAAAGGACGUUCUACGAGAAUACGAGGGACAGGAAGCUCACACAGUCCAUUUAGUCUUUACACCGAAAACAAGUUCACGACUACAAACGAUAUUAAAGGAAAAUUCAUCAAUAAAUACCACGUCAAAUCAAUCACAAUCGUCAGACAUGAGUACGAGCGAGUUAAGGCAGAGACAUACAGCAACAACUGCUGCAACAGUGCCAGAGCAACAGCAGCAAGCUACCACAAACAUUCCCAGUAAUUAUUAUAAUGCCUUUUACGGUAAUAUGCCAUUUGAUGCUAACAGUGUCCUCGCCCAACAAUAUGCAAUGCAAACGUGGAUGCAACAGGCUUAUGCUCAAUACAUGAAUCAAUAUAUGAAUAUAGUUCAACAACAACAGACACAGCAAGCACCAAAUUUUGCUGGUUUUAUGCAGCCACAAAUGCCUUUCAUAGCACCAACAAUAGUUCCAACAUCGCCAACAAGUUCCACAAUUCAAUCAUCUAAUUCUGAAAUACAGACAGCAUCAGCAUCACCUCCAGCGCAGCCACAAGCACAAGUAGAGCAAGCACCUCAACCGCCAGCAGCAGCUGAGCCACAAAGAAGGUUUCCAAACAUUAUUCAAGAUGAACAGGAAAAUCGCGACUGGCUUGAUAUUGUCUAUUCUAUGUCUCGUCUAUUGAUUCUCUUGUGUCUUGUGUACUUCUAUUCGUCGCCAUUAAGAUGUCUUAUUGUGAUUCUCAUAGGAAUUUCCAUUUAUUUGUACCACAUCUAUAGACAGAAUCAAAAUCGUUUGAAUAACAACAACACGACACGUGUGAAUCUUAAUAAUGUCAAUCGACCACCACAGGCACCAGCAGCAGCUCCAAGACCAGAAAAUGGUGAAGAGAGACCAGAAAAUGCUGAAAAUCCAACGGAAGAGAAUCAAAAUGCAGAAAGUAGCGAAACAGAGCCAUUAGUGAAUGCAUCAGAUGAAUUAUUAAGUACUGAGCCACAAGUUUCGUGGCUGACUAUAGCAAGGACAUUCGUUGUGUCUUUUGUAGCAUCAAUUAUUCCUGAACAUCCAGCAAUGUGAAUUGACAAUAAAUUUGGCUUAAAGUUUACUUCUUGGAUGAUUUUUAAAAUCAAGCAAAAGUUUUUUUUUUGAAAAAUUUCGAGUGUCUACCAAACGUACGUACUAUGUAGUCAUGUUUAAGGACGAUAAAACAUUCAGAUAAGAAGGAAUUAAAUGCAAUUAAAUGUUUAAAAAAAGAAUUAAAAAAAGUAACAAUGCAGAAUAACUGAAGUUUUCCUUUGUGGUGUGGGUCUUUGACUUGUGACACUUGACAUCAUUAAAAGGGGGUUUGGGGGAUACGUUGACUUAGCUGGGGGAUCUUUAAUAUUUAAAUUAGUAAAAGUGGUUGAAAAAUCGAUUACAAAAAUUAAAACUCUCCUUUAAGGUGCUAUACGUCACUUGUUAACAAACCCACCACCACCAUCUUAUUUAUUUUUUAUUGUUAAUCUGAAAAAAAGCAAGAUUUGUGGAAUGUUGAAUAAUUUAAUCUAUGGAUCUAAUUAAUUGUUGGAAAGAAAGUCGGCUUCAGAUAACUAUUAUUCUAUGAAUAUUAUUUUAUUAUUAUUCUUAGUUAUUAAGUUCAAAACGAUGAAAUCCUUCUGUGUUAAUUAACGAUUAUUAAAACAAAAAAAAAUUAUAUUAUGAAUGAAAUAAAACAAAAAAAAAUAUGUAAAUUUUAUGAUCACAAAAUUAUCCUUUCCCUGUUGUAGAAGUGAAAAUGCAAAUGAAACUAAUAAAGUGAGCAAAAAAAAGUAAUUUAUUUGUGUCUGUUCGACUACAGCUGUUAUUAUCGACAAUUACAG